AUGAGAAACAGAUAUUCAUCUUCUCAUUCUCAAGGGUUGAAUGAAUUAAUCUAAUAUAUCGAUUAUUAAGGAACAUAAAGAGAAGGACUUAAUAAAUCUAAUUCAAUAGUGAACUUUUAUCCAAUAAUGUUGCCUUCAAUAAGUUAAGAAAGUCUUCUUUCCUCAGCUAGAAACACAUCUCAUUAAUCAACAAAAACUUUAACUCGUAGAAGAUUGAAUAAUCAAAGUCAAUCGAGAUUGUCACAUCAUACUAAAAAAUCUGAUUUAACUCCUUUAACAAUAAGAUCACAUAGUCCUGUGAGUUAAUUUUAAUAGCAAUAUUUUGAAGCUAUAAAGAAUGAUGAUUGUUAAUAAGCACUUAAAAUAUUAAUUAAUAUGAUGAUUGUAACUGUUGAUUCUGAUAACUUGUGUUUGUUGAUUAGAAUAUUUAAAGUUGCAUCACUAACAUUAUAACAUUUUAAAGAGUAUGACAAAUCUAUUAUCUAUGCAAAAAAUGCCAUAUUUUUAAGCGAGUUUGCUAGAGAUUUCGAAACAAUAUAAUGGGCAUUACUACACUUAGGUAUAAUAUGCAAAUAAUUAUAAAAGUAUGAAAUUGGAAAAAUCUUUAUAAAAAAAGUAUAUAAUUAAUAAUAAUAGAGUCGAUAGAAUUUGCAUGGUUCAUGUAAAAUAAAGAUGAGGAAUUAAGAUGUUAUGAAGAAUUGGGGAAAUUAUGUUUUUUGAAUCAUGAAAUAGAUAUAGCAAAAGAGUUACAUGAGAUGAGUAUGACAGGUAAUCAAAGAAAUGAUUCAAUUUUGAAUAUUAGUAGAAAUGGUAUACAAUAAUUGAUAAAUAAUUAUCCUUAAUAGUAAUUUCAGAUAGAUCAAAAUAUAUUGUCAAAAAUAGUUGAUUUCCCUUUUGUUAUAAGAUCAAAUAAAUAAUAGACAGAAUCUUAAAAUAAUUAUCUAAAAUAACAAAAGUUAGAAUGUGUAAUAAUUGAUAGAAUGUAUUUAUAAAGUGUUGAAGAGAUUCUUAAUAAAGUUUUAUAAAAUCAUCACUUUUUUUUUGAGAUUCCUACACCAAUCGAUACAUCUAAAUAAGUAAUCAAACAUCAGUCAAGAAAAGAAAGAAUUAAAUCUACUUAAAUGAUUACUUGGAUUAAAUUGGCUAUUUAGAAAUAAUAAAAUCCAGAAUAUAAAUUCUAAAAUAAACCUCCUAUUGAAAGAGUUGAAAAGAGAAAACUUACAAUAGAUUAAGCUGUGACUGAGAGAGUUAAGGAGAAAAUCAGAAAUAGUAUGGAAAUAAUUUAAGAUAUUAAAUGCAUAAAACCAAAAAAUGAUGAAAUAAUUAGAUUGACACAUGAGAGAGAUCAUCAUAGAAUUUAUGAACAUUCUAAGAAAGAGCUUUUGAAAUCUGCCAAAUAGUGUUUCUUAAAUAAAAACAUAAAAGUUUCUUUUAGUUUGCUUAUUUAAUGA